AUGAGCAACGAAACAACACUUAAUUGGAGUUUUUCAUUUUAUGAGGAAAGUUAUGAUGAGACUUAUGAAGAAACAACCCAAGAAAGUGAUACAGCACAAUUAGAUCAGCUGAAUGAGACUAAGCAUAAAGAUAUUUUGAAUGACAUCAAAGAAAUUCAAUCAACAAGCUCAAAUCAAUACAAUCCAUUUAUAAUUGCAAAAUUGAACUCCUUGAAAAGAAGUAGCUCAAAAUAUAAAUCAAAAGUUUAUAACAAAAAAAUGGUUGUUUCAUCAAGAGAUUUCAACCAAGAAUUGAUUGACGCCAGUAAAAACCACAAAAAAGAUUUACUUUGGAUAAAUUUAACCAAAUGGAUAAAUAGAAAAGGUAAUCCAUCAAAUUCAUUAAUCUCAACAUUUGCAAAUAAAGUCAAUUGUGAAUUAAAUGAUGUUGCUUUUAUUAAAGAACAACAAAAUAAUUGGUAUACACUUGGGGUCGUGCAAAAAGAAAUAUAA